AGACCGAUUGAAACUCCAAGGAGAAUUUUGCGGUGCCCACUACUGGGUUGACAUCAGAUUUUCGUCUGAUGUCAAGGUGAUGCUAUUCUCAGAGUUUGAGCCGCAUUCAUGGUGGGACCCACAGACAGACAUCGCGGAGCUGUCAGAAACACUUGCACGGCGAAUUCUUCAACGGGUACCAGAGCUACGGGUCAUUGAUUGAUUUGGAUGCAAAGAUGUUUUCCAGAACUUCGUUUUCCCAAGGAAAGGUGUUGUAUAUAGUAUGUCUUUAAUCCUUCUCAAUCAUUCUCAUUCGCUUUCAUCAUCAUCUCAUACAUUCUCUCUUUGUUUGCCUGUCUGUCUCUCAAUAUGAUACUCCAACCUUUUACUUGCUUGGCGGCUCUCGCUUCGCUGUCUGCGGCUGCGAUCUUGCCUAAGGAUGUGAAUUCUUCCUUUUGUUCGGGAACGAGUACUGAGAAGGGACUCACGCCUGGUUGUCAACAUGGUCCUCAGUCGAGGCAGUGUUGGGGGAGAUAUGAUAUCAAUACUAAUUGGUAUGAUGUUACUCCGUAUACUGGUGUUACGAGAGAAUACUGGCUGGAAGCUGUUAACAUUACUGCUUCGCCUGAUGGAUUCGAACAAUACGUUCUUGCAUUCAACGGCACUAUUCCUGGUCCCACAAUCUUUGCUGAUUGGGGUGAUGAUGUUAUUGUUCACGUCACAAACAAGAUGCCAAAUAAUGGUACUUCCAUCCACUGGCACGGUGUCCGUCAAUACCUCAACAAUGAGAACGAUGGUGUACCAGGCGUAACCCAGUGUCCCAUCGCCCCGGGAGAGACCUACACCUACAAAUGGCGUGCAACCCAAUACGGAUCUUCAUGGUACCAUUCUCAUUUCUCUUUCCAAUACUCCAUGGGCCUCCAAGGAGCAAUCAUCAUCAACGGCCCCGCAACCGCAGACUACGAUGAAGAUCUCGGCGCCCUCUUCAUGCAAGACUGGGCACAUAUCGACCCCUUCAACGAAUGGUGGUGGGACCGCCCAACCAACGGGCCCCCCGCCCAACAAUCCGCCUUGAUCAACGGGACCAACGUCUUCAACUGCCCCACGAACGGGACCUCCCCCCGCUGUCUCGGCACCGGCAAACGCUUCGAGAUGAACUUCGAAUCCGGCAAGAAGUACCGCCUCCGCAUCAUCAACACAGGCCUCUACUCCAACUUCCGCUUCGCCAUCGACGGCCACCAGCUCACCGUCAUCGGCAUGGACUUCGUCCCCCUCGUCCCCUACACCACCGACAACGUCAUCAUCUCCAUGGGCCAACGCUACGACAUCAUCAUCGAAGCCAAUGCUCCGCCAGCCGACUACUGGCUCCGCCCCAUCUGGCAGCGCUCCUGCUGCGACAACGACGUCUGGAACAACACCCUGGGCAUCGUGCGCUACAACUCCCGCUCCACCGCUCUCCCGACCUCUACCAAUCCCGCGACACUUUAUCCAGACGCAUGUGACGACGAACCGUACUACAAGCUGUCCCCCUGGGUCCCGCUAUCUGUCCCGGCGCCGAAAAAUACCUGGGACGUGAAACCGCUGAACUUGUACUACGAGUUCGUGCCCAUGCCCGCCGGCUUCCUGUUCACGCUCAAUAACAGCUACAUCUGGGUCAACUUCUCACAACCCACGAACCUCCUGCUCACCGACGGGGUGCCCGAGUCGAAUUUCACCAACACGGGCUACAACCCCGUCAAAGGCUUCACAGACUACUCCGCCUUCCCCAUCACCGUCGUCGACGACUGGGUAUACUUCGCUUUGCAAGACAUCUCGCACCGCAACCGCUCGCACCCGAUGCAUCUGCACGGCCACGAUUACUACGUGCUAGCUCAAGGCUCUGGCAAUUUCACGAAUCUGGGAGAAUUGAAUCUGGUGAACCCGCCGCGGAGGGAUGUUGCUACCCUGCCGAGUAAUGGGCAUAUGGUGAUGGCGUUCAAGACGGACAAUCCGGGGAGCUGGUUGAUGCAUUGUCAUAUUGCGGCGCAUAGUAGUGAGGGGUUGGGGUUGCAGUUUAUUGAGAGGGAGAAGGAGAUUGUGGGGACGUUUAAGGCGGAGAGUCAGCUUAAUGAGACGUGUAGGGCGUGGGGGGAGUAUUGGGCGAAGGAUCAGAUUUAUGUGCAGGAGGACUCGGGGAUUUAAGGGGGAGAGGGGGAUAGUUUUAAUUUCUAGUGUUUUUUGUUGCAUUUUUGGAUGAGGGGGAGGUGGUUUGUG